CAGCUUGAAAUACCAUCCACAUUCAGGGUUGCUUAAGGCGGUAUCCAUCGGAGGCACCUCUCAUAAAGCUGAAACGGGUAUACAAUAGGAACGCACGUAACAUACCGAUUGUGACGAUUAAUCUGUUCCAUCGUUGUUGAUGGCUGGCGGUAAGCUAGCACGGCUUCUGCAAGCCGUUGGCGGCGGCAAUCGCGACGAGCAGCGCGCCGCGGGUCCUAUAACAAAGCGUGUUCGCGCCCAAGAGGCAAACGGAAGCGCUCAUAAAAGCAGCAGUAUCCGUUGCACCCCAGCGGAAGCCGGUUCAAGGCGACCUGAGCAUGGCCUUACCACAUCCUCGACGGCAGCUGCUGCUGCAAGCGAUGCGCCAGCACGCAUCCGCAAACGGCGGCGGGGUGGAAGCAAGAAAGCAGCCCCCGCUAAAGCACCUGUCGCCAAGCGUUCCCGCCGUGAGGCAGGCCCUGCUACCAAGGCGGCAUUGACAGCUGCAGCUGGAGGUUCAAAGUCCAGCGGAGCUGGAGGCGCCGUACCAGCGGCAGAGGACUUAGAGCUUUUGGAGGCGGAACGCCAGAAGCUUCUAGCUGGCAGGUCGGCUUACGAGGCUCUCAUGGACGAGCUGUCUAGGGUGCGUCAUGACGGCGGCAAAGGCAGCAAGGCCGGCAAGGGCAGCGGCAGUAACGCUGCUGGUGCUGGAGGGGGCGGUGGAGGUGGUGCCCAGGCGGCGCUCAGGGCGCACCUGCAGCGGCUGAGGAAUGAGCAGCUUGGGGAGAGCAGCGA